GUGACUCCCACCAGCUUUGCCGAUCAGACAUAAUAAGACAGCGUCCCAACAAAAAAUAAGGCCCAAAGGCGCUAAUGAAUGCUUAUCUCCUACUAUCUCCAGCAGCUUCAGCUUUGCGUCAGGCGCCAGAGUCCACUGACUGCCAAAACCCUCCAUGCUCAAAUCUUCAAAACUGGUCUAUACCAAUGUGGUCCUCUGCCCAACACCCUCGUAGACGUGUACGGCAAAUGUGGUCUCGUUCCAGAUGCCAAUCGUGUGUUCGACGAAAUGCCCCACAGAGAUCGUGUCUCUUGGGCCUCAAUCCUCACUGCUUACAAUCUGGCCAAUCUCCCUCACUUAACUCUCUCCAUGUUCCCCACCAUGCUCAAGCAUGAUGGCUUAGAACCUGACCAUUUUGUGCUUGCAAGCCUCGUAAAGGCAUGCUCUAGAUUGUGUGCUCUCUGGCAGGGUAAACAGGUGCAUGCCCGCUUUGUGUUAUCGCCGUUUUGGGAUGAUGAUGUUGUCAAGUCAUCGUUGGUUGAUAUGUAUGCAAAAUGUGGAUUACCCGACAGUGCGCGUGCAGUUUUUGAUUCAAUUUCUUCGAAGAAUUCAGUUUCUUGUACUGCCAUGAUUUCCGGGUAUGCCCGAAGUGGGAGGAAAUCGGAUGCUAUUGGGCUGUUCAAGAGUGUACCACCCAGGAAUUUGUUUUCUUGGACGGCUUUGAUUGCUGGGUUGGUACAGAGUGGGAAUGCGACUGAUGCAUUUUAUUUGUUUAUUGAAAUGCGAAGAGAAGAGAUUGAUAUAGUUGAUCCAUUAGUUCUUUCUAGCAUCGUUGGUGCUAGCGCUAAUCUAACAGUGCUGGAGCUUGGUAAGCAGAUUCAUGGCCUAGUUAUUGCUCUUGGUUACGAGUCUUGCAUAUUUAUAAGCAACGCACUUCUGGAUAUGUAUGCCAAAUGUAGUGAUAUUCUGGCUGCAAAGGAUAUUUUUGGAUGGAUGCAACGAAGAGAUGUCGUUUCUUGGACUUCGAUAAUUGUUGGGGUGGCGCAGCAUGGGCAGGCAGAGGAGGCGUUGACUUUAUAUAAGGAGAUGAUUUCAGCAAGUGUAAAACCAAAUGAAGUGACCUUUGUUGCAUUGAUUUAUGCUUGUAGCCAUGUUGGGUUAGUUGGUAAAGGCCGUCAACUAUUCAAAUCCAUGAGUGAGGAUUAUGGAAUUAGUCCUUCUCUGCAGCACUACACAUGCUUCUUGGAUCUUCUUAGUCGGUCUGGGCACCUUGAUGAGGCUGAGAAAUUAAUCAGUGAGAUGCCAUUUAGGCCUGAUGAACCUACUUGGGCGGCUUUACUUAGUGCCUGCAAGCAUCAUAAUAAUAUCAAAAUGGGAAUUAGGGUUGCUGAUCAUUUAUUAAGUUUAGAGCCAGAAGAUCCAUCAACAUAUAUACUGUUAUCUAAUAUUUAUGCUAGUGCUGCAAUGUGGAAAAAUGUGUCAAAGGUGAGAAAGUUGAUGAUGGUGAUGGAAGUUAAAAAGCAACCGGGAUAUAGCUACAUUGAAUUUGGGAAGGAAAACCAAGUGUUUUAUGCUGGGGAGACCUCUCAUCCCAUGAAGGAUGAGAUUUUUGGUUUUCUCAAGGAGUUGGAUGCAGAGAUGAGGAAAAGAGGUUAUGUUCCUGAUACUAGUUCUGUUUUACAUGACAUGGAACAGCAAGAAAAGGAAAGACAACUAUUUUGGCAUAGUGAGAGGUUAGCUGUGGCUUACGGAUUGCUUAGGGCUGUUUCCGGGACAGUUAUUCGGGUAGUAAAAAAUCUUCGCAUUUGUGGAGAUUGCCACACAGUUUUGAAAUUCACAAGUACCAUUAUGAAGAGGGAAAUUGUUGUCCGAGAUGCCAAUAGAUAUCAUCAUUUUAAGAAUGGGAACUGUUCAUGCAAUGAUUUUUGGUGAUUUUGUGGCUCUGGGUUGGAAUCUUCCCAUGCUUCUUCAUGUUUCUGCAUUUGACUUAAAAUAGAUUCAAUGUUUGACUUUGGGGGAUGUUUAAAUUCCCCAGUCAGGUUCG